GUACGAAGGUAUCGCACAUUAAUUCUCCGAUGUCUUCUCGUGGUCUUGCCAGCCAUGAAAUCAAAACAAAGGUCAGGUCGAACCUAGGCGCGCCCUACGCCCGGCGCUUUUUCAACAGUCUAUGGACUUACCGUGUCAGUCAGCUCACUACCUCUAACAUGCAGCAACUACGAGAUACUGGCAUUGCGAUGACUCUUGAUCACAACAAUUCUUCUUCCACCGGAUCCGAGUCCCCGGCAGCCGUCCCCAUCAAAAGCGAUUUGCAUCCACAUGCAUUACACAAAUUCGUAGGCGACAAGGAUUGGUCGAUCGUUAUUGCCGUUCCGAAGAGCUCCGACCACUGCCGAAACGUUGUAAGCUGCCCCAAGGCCUCCUUGAUGGUAGGUCACACCGAUCCUCAGUUAUUUCAUUGGUUCAAACAGCUCGGUACAAUACCACCCCGUGCGGUUAUCUCUGGCGGUGUUGAAAUCCUUUCUGGCGAUCUUCGUGAUGACUGCUGGGAGAGGACUUUCAUUCGUCACCCUGUCAUUCACUCCAUUGCGCAAGAUAUGUGGGAGAAGCAGGAAAGCAAGACAGAAGAAGAGAUGGUAAGCAUCGCACAGCGUGAGCGCGAAGAGGAUGAAAAGCGUAUGCGACGUAUGAGCAGCAGCGACUGGCGAACUAAGUUCAAAGACCGUGAGCGCAACCCCACCGCUAGUGAGGAUGAAGAGAAACCAAUUUACGUCAUCAAGCCCGAGACUUUUAGUUUGCUGCGUAUGAAGCCAGAGGUGAAACUGUGGAUGAAUGUUUCGGGGCAGGCUCAGCGUGUCUGGGAGCCUGUAAUACCCGACGCAGAUUCGCUAUGCCGUUGCUCUCAUCGCUUUAUUCGUAUGCUGAAUCUUGCACGGCAAAAGCUGGUCCCCUCGCUGAAUAUGAACUUUUCCUUAAAACUCACCAAUGCGUUUAUAUUCGAAAUCGACGAAAAAGGACUGUGGGCACUUGGCACGCAGGAGAACUUUUCUGGGAAAAACGGAAUAGUUCGGGAAGAAUGGAGUGAACUGAGACUGGAGUUUGGCAAAAAUCAGCUCAUUAAAACCGAGCAAGAGAUGGAAUGGUGGAUACGGGGGUUAACAAAACUUGGUGACCCAGAAAUCUCGCAAACGGAUAACAGCGUAGAAGACGCUUCGAUGAAUCCAGAAGAAUUUGAUUAUCGUCAUAUUUAG